AUGCCCGAGGCCGAAGAUGCCAAGACAACCGGCAAGGGCAAGAAGGUCGCCACGAGGAAGGGAAGUCUCGAGGGCGAAGGCCCCCCGCUGGGCGAUUUGAAGAAGAGCUUGCGCACCGGCAGCACGGCGGUGUCGGCCCUCUUGGGCGCCAUCACCGCCGGAUCGCAGGCGGGCGCUGCGGAUCGCGCCAAGUCUGCCGGCGCCUACCAGCUGUACAUAUGGGGCAAACUGGUCGCGCAGCAGCCCAAGAACACGGCCAUGAGCGUGUCGCUGAGCGGACCCUCGUUCAGCAUCGGCGGCAACUCUCGGUGCAGCCUCACCCUCUCCGAUCCGGGCAUCAGCAGCAGCGUGGUCUGCAAGCUGCAGAACUCGUUUACGACCGGAGUGGUGCAGAUCGAGGGCCAGACGAGCAGGGACAUCCUAUUUGUCAACCGCAAGCAACUCAAGAAGGGCGUCAAGCAGCCCAUCAAGACCGGAGAUGAGAUUUCGAUCAUCACCAAGCAGCAGACCUACUCCUUUACCUUCCAGAAAGUGCGCUCGCCGUCGAAGCUGUCGCCGACGCCCGGCCUGGGCGCGCUUCCCUCUCUGCCUUCGCUGUCGCUGCUGGCCGGCGGCGGUCACCCGCACCUGUCGGGUCUGGCGCCGUCGCACGGUCUGACGGGCUUCCCCUCGGCCUCUACCUCGCCCUCGGCCUCUACGUCCACCACUCCUUCGUCGUCGGCGAAUUCCUCCUCCUCCAGCUCAUCGUCGCAGGCCGCGUCUUCGUCCUCAUCUUCGUCGUCGGGAGGAGCGUCUGCCCAGCAGCCCGCCCCCGAGCCCGCGGAUGCAGCUGCCCACGAUAUCUUCACGCUGGGCAACCUGCCCAUGGCGUUCUCGAUGCACCGCGGCUCCGAUCUCAGGAGAAGGGCCGCUGCGCGCAACAACAAACGCCCGAACAGAAUCCUUACGGUCAAGGGUGGCGAGAUCUUUGGCGAUCACUCGCCGCUGGGCCACCCGCGUUCGCUCAUUCUCUCUGCGGGAUUCGGCGGCGAUGCCCCGGCGUCCAGCGCCAGCACGGCCCAGCCAUCGGCCGCGGCCGUUGCCCAGAAGAAGGCGUGCAAGGAGGACCUCGCCAAGAACUUCUUCAAGUGGCAGGACAUCACCACCACCUUCGAAGAGUUCCCCUAUUUCGUCGAUGCAACGGAGCAGGCCUAA